CCGGAAUGUCAGGUGCCUUCUCGAUUCCUCUCGUUGUCUGUUCACGGUGAAUCGAAGCGACAGCGGGGCUGGAGCUUGCAGAGUAAUCUACGGAAAACGAGCGAUGUCCACAGAGAUCGUACAGAGCCUCGUAAUCGACAGACGUGCAGCAUCGCACGGCGUCGCCGGGACUCUUCAGUAGUCGAGAGAGGACGCGGACGAGUAAUCCGCGGCGUAUCUGAAAGAGGAGGAGCAGCGUAGUAGAGCUGUGUAAAAACGAGGGAGGAGGAAUUAAAGAGCAGCGAGAGAGUGAGAGAGUGAAGCGUGCGAGAUAAAGUUGAAGAGGGGCCGGUGCGGGCCACCGGGACAUCUCCUCGGCUCUUUUCCGCUUCAGGAUGUCGUACGCCAAUCGAUUCCCGUCUUCGCAGCACACCCGUUAUCGCAGCAGCUGGGGACCAUCCUCGGUCACUGUGUUCAAUCGCAGCGACGUGCCCAGGCCCUCGCCGGAAGAGGAAGAGUACGCAGACUUCUAUCACGAGCGUCUACACUCGGCACAGAGCAGACAGUUGCUGCCGCUGCAGGAGGACCUCGCAGAUUGGAUCAAUAAAACGUUGAACUCUGAAAUCGUUACCGGAGACAACUUCUUCGAUGCACUGGACAAUGGAGUGGUGGUCUGUCGACUGGCUAGGGUCAUCCAGGAAAAGGCGAGGUCUCAAAUGAACGAAUUUCUUCGAUCCUUUCUCCAGCCACUUCCGGUGAUAAGAGGACGUUGCUGGGAGAACGCGGCGCGUCGCAGCUUCUUCUCACGCGACAACAUGGAGAACUUCAUCCAGUUCUGCCGACGCUUAGGCGUCCACGAGAAUCUCCUCUUCGAAAGUGACGAUCUUGUUCUUCACGGACAACCGCGAAACGUGGUGCUCUGCUUAUUGGAGAUGGCUCGAUUGGCGUCGAGAUACUCCGUCGAGCCACCAGGACUCGUGCAGCUCGAGAGGGAAAUUGCCGCGGAACAAGAGCGGGAUCUUCAUUGCCUCUCCGAUAGCGGUAUAUCUCACAGCAGCCUCGUUUCUUGGCAAUUUCAAUCACCGUCCCCGACCGCAACGCCUAGACCUCCGCCAGAGAAGAUCAAACACAGCAGCUCAGCAUCAGAAGUCGCGUUGACGGCAACAAGAUGGUUGGAUCCUACCAAUGGCGUGACACACGAGCCGGAGAUGAGAAGGUCGGUGAGCGACAAUGGUCCUACGGGCAGCGAUGGCGUGCCCAGCGAUACCACGGAGGACGACUGGUCCCGCGGAAGCGCGGAGGACCCCGACGAGGUCCCAUCGCCGUCGAGCUCACCUUUGCCCUCGCCAGCUGAGCCGCCGGAACACACGGGCCCCAUAACGGAACUCGAUCGCAAGGUGAGGAGAGCCACAGAGGCUGUGCAGAGACUCUGCCAGUGCCCCUCCGAGAGAUGCUCUAAGCUGAAGGUGCGCAAGGUCGGCGAGGGCCGGUACCAUAUCGCCGGGAGAAACGUCUUCAUCAGACUUUUGAAGGGGAGACACAUGAUGGUCAGAGUGGGCGGUGGCUGGGACACCUUGGAGCAUUUCUUGGCGAGGCACGACCCCUGUCAGAAAUGCAAGGGCACAGUGUGCAAAGGAAUACCAAAGCAAAGAAAUACGCGACGAGUAAUGUCGGCACGUUGA